GUUCCCUAACCCUCCUCUCCCCCAGAAGGGAGGGACUUGGCCGCCUGGGGCUUGCCCUCGGACCCGGCUCUGCCGAGGGAAAAUGCGAGCCGGGGCUUUGCUGGCCGGCUUCUUCUCCGUGCUCAGCCUCCUCAGCUCCGGCUCAGAGGCCCCUGGGCUCCCAGAAGGAGAAGGGCCUGAGCCCCCGCCGGACCCCUCGCAGCAGCAGCAGCAGCAGCCCCACCUGGUCUUCAUCCUGGCGGACGACCAGGGCUUCCGGGACGUGGGCUACCAUGGCUCCGAGAUCCGGACGCCCACCUUGGACCGGCUGGCGGCCGAAGGCGUCAAGCUGGAGAACUACUACGUCCAGCCCAUGUGCACCCCGUCCAGGAGCCAGUUCAUCACCGGGAGAUAUCAAAUUCACACAGGCCUUCAGCAUUCUGUCAUAAGGCCCACACAGCCUAACUGUUUACCUUUGGAUAAUGCUACACUACCUCAGAAGUUGAAGGAAGCUGGCUACUCAACUCACAUGGUUGGCAAAUGGCACUUGGGCUUUUACCGCAAAGAAUGUAUGCCCACGCAACGUGGAUUUGAUACUUUUUUUGGCUCUCUCCUGGGCAGCGGUGAUUAUUAUACACAUUACAAAUGUGAUAGCCCUCGAAUGUGUGGCUAUGACUUAUAUGAGAAUGACAAUGCUGCUUGGGAUCAUGAUAAUGGCAUGUACUCCACACAGAUGUACACACAAAAAGUGCAACAAAUCCUAGCCUCCCAUAACCCCAGAAAACCCAUAUUUUUAUAUAUUGCAUACCAAGCUGUCCACUCACCACUUCAGGCUCCAGGCAAAUAUUAUGAACGUUACAGAUCAAUAAAUAAUAUAAACCGGCGCAGGUACGCUGCUAUGCUGGCAUGCUUGGAUGAAGCUAUCAGCAAUGUGACCCUUGCAUUAAAGAGGUAUGGUUAUUAUAAUAACAGUGUUAUCAUUUACUCUUCAGACAAUGGAGGACAACCAACAGCUGGUGGAAAUAACUGGCCUCUCCGAGGAAGCAAGGGAACUUAUUGGGAAGGAGGGAUACGAGCAGUUGGGUUUGUCCAUAGUCCUCUACUCAAAAAUAAGGGGUGUGUGUGCAAGGAGCUUAUACAUAUAACAGAUUGGUUCCCUACUUUGAUCACCUUAGCAGAAGGACAAAUUGAUGAGGACACCCAGUUGGAUGGCUAUGAUGUAUGGGAGACCAUCAGUGAAGGCAGACGGUCUCCCAGAAUGGAUAUUUUACACAACAUUGAUCCCAUCUACACCAAAGCCAGAAAUGGUUCAUGGGCAGCUGGCUUUGGGAUAUGGAACACAGCAAUUCAGUCUGCUAUCCGUGUGAACCAUUGGAAACUACUGACAGGAAAUCCAGGGUACAGUGACUGGGUCCCUCCUCAAUCAUUUAGCAAUGCAGGUCCUAGUCGCUGGCACAAUGAGCGAGUUUCAUGGACAGCUGGUAAAACAGUGUGGCUGUUCAACAUCACUGCUGACCCCUAUGAGCGAGUGGAUCUUUCCCGUAAGUAUCCUGAUGUAGUAAAGCAGCUGCUACGUAGACUUUCUCAGUUCAAUAAGACAGCUGUCCCUGUUCGAUAUCCACCUAAGGACCCAAGGAGUAACCCCAACUUUAAUGGAGGAGUCUGGGGUCCAUGGUUCGAGGAAGAGGAGAAAAAGAAGAAGAAACCAAACAAAAACAGAGCAGAGAAUAAACAAAAGAAAAAUAAAACCAAGAAGAAACCUAAUAGGAGAAAAGGACAUUCCUUGAGCUGCCUUAUGGGUGGAUAAUUUCAGCUGAUUACUUUUGCUGUAAUUCUAAGCAUAUAUACCAAAAAGAUUCUGCCUCCCCCCACCCCCAACAUACAAUGGUAGUCAGAUGUCCACAUAAAUGUGCCUAGUCACAGACUGUCAUUGCUGAACUAAAGUAAAAUAUUGCCCCAAAUUCAUAACUUUCAGUGGUUCAAUACAGUAGAAUUGCCAAUACAUCAUUAUGCCAUGUUCAGAAAUAGGUCUAAGGUGCAGUACACAUUGCUACCUGUCUGGGUAACUUUGUUGAUGCUAUCCACCUUUAUUUGGCACCUUCUCUUUCAUACAAAGGAGAUUUACUCAUACCAUAUUACCAGUGCUUAAAAGCUGGUUUGUACAAAAUAUGGUGGAAGGGUUAUGUGCUGAAAUAUGUCUUUUUUAUUAUUAUUAUUUUAACAAAAUUUUGAAAAAUUAUACUGCUAAAUGUUCUCCAUGGAUCAGAGAAAAUAUAGACAAAAAGGGGGCAAAAUGUUACCAUGAUUUUGAGCUGCCCCUCAGAUUGUCUUGAUGAAACAUACUCAACCAUUAGAAUAGCUUGAAUUAGUUGUGAAAAAGCUGCUUCUAAUUAAAUGUUGCCAGAAUUUCAACUGGAAAGGAUUUCCCCGCUUCCCAGAAUGUGCCAAGCUACAAUCUCUUCCAAUAAAAACAAGUUACACACACACACACACACACACAUGAAAAUGCUAGUAUACAGCUAUAAUUAUAGAAAGAUGUAAACUGGUUUAUGUGUGCACAAUCUCAUUGAAAUUAAUAUUAUAUCCACAUGUAAUUGCACAAAGUUGCAACCAUCCAAUGACAUUCACCAAACACUGCUACUAAGCAGUCCCUAUUCAUUCUAGUGUGCAGAGCAGGAACUAAGCAACUGCAAUAUGAGAUAGAUUGCAUAGCAUCAGGGCCAGUCAUAUCUACAUAUAGAAUGAGCCAUAUCAUCAGCAUGAUCUUUCACAGAUGGUGACAGAGUUCAUCCCAUUGCCAACGCUGAAGAAAAGUGCAAUGGCCAUCCUGUACAGGCAGUGUAGUGUCAUACUGCUCUUCACCUUAAACGACAAAAUGUCCUCUGCCAUUCUAGUUUCCAGAUUCAAAGGUCUAUGUGUGUGUUCCAGAGAGCAAAUGCAUGUUCCUAGGUGUGUGUGUGAGAGAGAGAGUUAUGUUCCUAGUUGUGUGGUCUUUUUCCAUUCUCUACAGUGGGACUUUCAUUUUCAAUAGCAUAAAGAAGAGCCCCAUGUGAGUGUAAUAGCCCUUGCAAAAGCUCUAAUCACUAACAGGGGGUGGCCAUGGUAUAUUCAGGAGCCAAUUUUCUGCCUGUGGGCUUAAACACUGUCAUGUUUUGUUUAAAACAGUGAUUUUGUAUGUUUAAAAAGUGAGUUCUAAGAGAAGCAAUUCAUCAUUUUUAUCCA